UCUGCACUGACAAAGCUGUCAGGAGUCAAAUUCAUACCAUAAGUGAAGUGAAGUUAAUGAUCAGUGUAAUGUUUGUUCGGAGGCGUGUCGACAGAGGCUAUAGGUGAACACAGACACUUUGAAAGAUAUUAGUCUGCUCAUGUUGGAAGAGAUGGCUGCUAUUCGAAGGCAAAUACCAUACACAUCUAAAGCCCCAGUUAGACAGGGCAUAUAUAGCCAGGCGGUGCUGGUAGAUCGCACUGUGUAUGUCUCUGGGCAGCUGGGGAUGGACGUAGCAUCGGGGCAGUUAGUGGCUGGAGGGGUGCAGGCUCAAGCCAAACAGGCUCUCAUAAACAUGGGUGAGAUUCUGAAAGCAGCAGGAUGUGGAUAUGAAAAUGUUGUCAAAACAACUGUGCUCCUGGCAGACAUUAAUGACUUCAACAAUGUCAAUGAAGUUUACAAGCAAUUCUUCACCAGAAACUUUCCAGCCAGGGCUGCUUACCAAGUCGCUGCUCUACCCAGAGGUGGUCUUGUUGAGAUCGAAGCAGUUGCUGUAUUGGGACCCAUUACGGACGCCUCCUGACUGACCGCCGCAAGCAUGAAUAAAUUGUAACCUUAAAUGAGUAGCCUAAAAUUGGAUCACUAACAGCCUUCAUCCUGAGAUAUACCUUUAGAUGUUGUAAACACAGAAGAAAAUACAUUCCUUUGCACUGACAACUGGUUGUAAUAUUCCAUCUAACCUAUUACAUGUCAAUUCAACCUAUGACAUGGUAGUAUUGCUGAUGGAGUUUUGAUUUGUACUUUCCAUGAGCUGACUUUAUAGGAAGCGGAUGUAGUGAUAUAGUCUACAAUGCAGAGUAAUUCAAGACUACACUUCAAUUAACAGUAUUAUUGUUAAUGUUUAACCUUUUAUCAACUCCUAUGAUUUGUAUUUCUCAUUGCAUUUGUAACACUAAAACAGGAAAGCAAAUUAAAUGAAAGCAAGUCCUGAUUUUUAAA